UUCGGACUUCUCAUCUCCAAUCACAGAACAAGGUUCUUCAAUGGCGAAUUUCCAUCGAUGUUCUUCUGUUUUCUUCUUCUUCUUCCUCUGUUUUCUCCCUGUAAUUUUCUCUCGAUCGUCGGAUAAACAAGAGACUUUCAUCGUUCACGUUUCUAGAUCGGAGAAGCCUUCUCUGUUCUCCUCUCAUUAUCGCUGGCACUCGUCAAUUCUCGAUUCACUCUCUCCUUCUUCUCGUCCGAGGAAGCUUCUUUACAACUAUGAACGUGCCGCUAAUGGUUUCGCCGCACGCAUCACGGAUGCUCAGGCGGCGGAGUUGCGUCGUGUUCCAGGUGUUGUUUCGGUUAUUCCGGAUCGGAUGCGUCAGCUUCAUACGACUCGGACGCCUCAUUUUUUAGGUCUGGCGGAUAACCUAGGGCUUUGGCCUGACACUAAUUAUGCGGAUGAUGUGAUUAUUGGCGUUCUUGAUACCGGAAUUUGGCCGGAGCGGCCGAGUUUCUCUGAUGAGGGUUUGUCUCCGGUGCCGGCAAGUUGGAAAGGAACCUGCGAGGCUGGGGAGGGAUUUUCGGCUACCACCUGUAAUCGGAAGAUUAUUGGUGCGAGAGCGUUCUUUCACGGAUACGAAUCUAAUAUAAGAAGACCGCUUCACGGUUUGUCCGAUUUCAAAUCUGCUAGGGAUUCGGACGGCCAUGGAACUCACACGGCCUCUACGGCUGCAGGUUCGUUCGUUAAGAAUGCUAGUUUUUUCCAAUACGCUCGUGGAGAAGCCAGAGGCAUGGCGAGCAGAGCUCGUAUCGCUGCCUACAAGAUCUGCUGGGAAUUUGGUUGUUACGAUUCUGACAUCCUCGCCGCUAUGGAUCAGGCGAUUGCCGAUGGAGUCCACAUCAUCUCUCUCUCAGUCGGAUCAUCGGGCCGUGCCCCUGCGUACUAUAGAGAUUCUAUCGCAAUCGGAGCGUUUGGCGCGAUGCAGCACGGCAUUGUCGUCUCUUGCUCCGCCGGAAACUCCGGUCCCGGUCCUUACACGGCUGUGAAUAUCGCUCCAUGGAUCCUCACUGUUGGUGCAUCCACAAUUGACAGGGAGUUUCUCGCCGAUGUGAUUCUUGGAGACGGUAGGGUUUUUAGCGGCGUGUCGCUCUACUCCGGAGAUCCUCUUGGCGAUUCCAAGCUUCCGCUGGUCUACGGUGGAGAUUGCGGUAAUAGGUAUUGUUAUUCUGGAUCCCUCGAUCCGUCAAAAGUUGCCGGGAAAAUUGUCGUGUGCGAUCGAGGAGGGAACGCCAGAGUCGCCAAAGGAAGCGCCGUGAAAUCCGCCGGCGGUCUUGGUGUGAUACUCGCCAACACGGAGGAAAACGGCGAAGAGCUCUUAGCAGAUUCUCAUCUUAUUCCGGGAACAAUGAUUGGAGAAAUCGCCGGUAACAAGCUUAGAGACUACAUCCAUUCGGAUCCGAAUCCAUCUGCUACAAUCGUGUUUCGAGGAACUGUUAUUAGCGAUUCGCCGCCGUCUCCGAGAGUCGCCGCCUUCUCCAGCCGUGGUCCUAACUACCGAACGGCGGAGAUUCUGAAACCGGACGUUAUAGCUCCAGGAGUUAACAUUUUGGCUGGCUGGAGCGGCUACAACAGUCCGUCUAGUCUUAGCAUCGAUACUCGAAGAGUUGAGUUCAAUAUCAUCUCUGGAACUUCAAUGUCCUGCCCUCACGUCAGCGGCGUCGCUGCAUUGCUCCGGAAGGCUUUUCCGACAUGGACACCGGCAGCAAUCAAAUCUGCUCUGAUCACCACUUCUUACUCCUUGGACACUUCCGGCCGCCCAAUCAAAGAUCUCUCCACCAGCAACGACUCAAAUCCGUUCGUCCAUGGCGGCGGCCAUAUCGAUCCCAACAAAGCUCUGAAUCCAGGCCUGAUUUAUGAUCUCAAUCCUCAGGACUACGUUUCAUUUCUCUGCUCAAUCGGUUACGAUUCUAGACAAAUAGCUGUUUUCGUGAAGGAUUCUUCAUACUCUAACCUAUGUGAACACAAAUUGAGCAAUCCCGGCAAUCUGAACUACCCAUCAUUCGCGGUCGUGUUCACUUCCAACGGCGAAGAGGUGGUGAAAUAUACAAGAACUGUCACAAAUGUAGGAGAUAAAGCCGAUGCUGUUUAUGAAGUGAAAGUAGAAGCCCCUCAAGGCAUUGAAAUCAGUGUUCUUCCAAACAAACUGGAGUUCAGCGCAAAGAAGACAACACAGUCUUAUGAGAUUACAUUCACCAAAAUCAGUGGAUUCAAGAACUCAGCAAGCUUCGGAUCAAUUCAAUGGAGUGAUGGAAGUCACAUCGUUAGGAGUCCAAUUGCUGUCUCAUUCAACACUGCAUCCAUAGCUUCGAUGUAAGUAUCAAUUAUUGGUUUUGAGUUUUGAGUAGGAUCUUUGAGAGUGCAACAUGCUCCUCUUUCUGUACAGUACAAUGUUAGGAGAUUGCACUGUUCAUUUGGAUUGUUCUGAAUCCUUCCAUAUGAAACAAUAUAUGAAGCUUUAUAAUAAUCUUCCCUAAUGGGUAGCGUAGCUUCAUCUCUGAAUCUGAAAA